AUGUUAAGAGGUUUAUCUGGAAGAAUAUUGUUACGCGAUUUGGAACUCCGCGCACUCUUGUCUCAGAUAACGGCCUUUAAAUUUGAUAGUAAGACCUUCAGGCAAUACUGUUUAGACUUAGGUAUAAAGAAUAGAUAUUCCACUCCGGCCUAUCCUCAGGGGAAUAGGCAAGCUGAAGCUGUUAACAAAGUAAUAGUCAAUGGACUUAAGAAGAGACUGGAUGAUGCAAAAGGAAAAUGGGUGGAGGAAUUGCCACAUGUCCUUUGGACCUAUCGAACAACGCCUCGACGAUUAACAGGAGAGACUCCUUUUUCCAUGACCUAUGGAGUCGAGGUUGUCAUCCUUCUAGAAAAUAGAUUCCCAACGUUAAGGACUAGUACAUUUUCCUCUGACAAUAACGAUGGGCUGUUGGGGAAAAGUUCAGACUUGAUCGAAGAGCGAAGGGAGAAUGCAAUGGUCCAAUUGGCUUACUACCAGCAUAAACUCAAGCAAGGCUAUGAUACUAAUGUAAAGUUGAGACCGUUAGCGGUAGGAGAUCUGCUUGUUGGGCAUCUUCUUCGUGGGUCGAACGAGACUUUCCAAUGUCUACCACAUCUUUCCCUUUCUGCUCCCUUCACCUUUUCAGUUCGGCAACAUUAG